UUCCAAGGCACUUCCGUAAUAGCAGCUUUCUACAGAAGGCGCACCUUUGGUUGUUUAAUCACUCAGCUAUGCGAUAAUUUUCAGUAAGAUAAAUCACCAACAGACUCAUUUGACUUCUGCAGGAUGCUCUCAAGUCUGCUGAGAGAGCACCAAGCUCGGCAACAAGCCAGAAAAGAAGAACAAGAAAAGAAGAGAAAAGAAGCCUAUGAAUCUGCAACUGCCUUCACACAUGCUCUUGUUGACCAUUUAAAUGCUGGGGUUGCCCAGGCAUAUGUAAACCAAAAGAAACUGGACACAGAAACCAAGAUACUGCAGAUUAAUGCAGGACAGUUUGCCAAGCAGACCAUGCAGUGGUUAAAACUGGUUGAGGAUUUUAAUACAGCACUCAAGGAAAUUGGAGAUGUUGAGAACUGGGCACGUAGCAUAGAGACUGACAUGAGAACAGUAUCAAGUGCCCUGGAGUAUGCCUAUAAAGCUGAAAAGCAGCAGAGAGAGUGACAGAUAGACAGGAUGAGUGAAAAGUUGGGUGUGAAAGCAGUGUGCAUUUCAAGUUGAAUGGACUGAUACACCUUCCUUUGAAUCAAUACAAGGGGAUUAAAGUGCAAUUUUAAAGGUCAAGGAAAAAGAAUAUCUGUAGACUCGUUUUCUGUAUGUUAUAUAUUCAGAAAGAAUAUUGGUGAAAAAAGCAAAAUGCUUCAUAAUCAUUGUUAAAUUGUAAUUUAUCAAAUUUCAUAGUUCGUUAAAUCUUGGUUAAAUUAUGUUUAUUCAUGUUAUCUGUUAGCUAUAAUGUAAAUAAAUGUACAAUUGUCAGGUUUAGGAUUUAAAAAAUACCAAAGUAAAUUAUGAAUAUUUUUCAAGAUUUUGAAUAAUUUAAAAUGUUAUUUUUUAUGAAGGAGGACGGGCAGUUAAAACUAUUGGAAAAUGCUAUCUACUAGCUGUCUGUUACCUUAUUUACAGUUGUAGGAUUAUCUUACAAUUUCUUUUUUUUUUUGUAUUUUUCGCAAAAGAAAAUGAGAAAAAACUUGUAAAAACAUGAUUUUAUUUAUAAAUAAAAGUAAAAAUGUGAAGCAUUUGUACACCUUAUA